CGGAUCCUUGAAGAGAAUAUCAGAUAUUCGAAUCCUGUUUAGGUUUCAACCAGAAAAUUAGGGUUUGUUUGUUUCUCGCCUGUAAACUAUGGAUUUCUGGUUAAGUUUGAUUCUCAUUUGAAAAGAUUUUGUUUUUCUCUCAUCCGGUUUGUUGUUUUGUUGUUUUGUUGAUUGUUGUUUAUUGUUUAUCCAUCGUCAUCAUUUAGAUUGAUUUUGUUUCUAUUCGGUUGACCGGAAAUACUAAAUCAGUCAAUAUCUUUUUGGUUGUUUGAUUUUCUUAGUUAAAAUUAUGAUCGAGAUAAAUGCCAAAUUAUUCCGAGGUUCUGUUUAUUUCAACAAUGAACAACUCAAAUGUCGUAUAAGUUACAAGAAUGUUGGUGAUGAGGUUGAACGUUUAGCCUGGUCUGGUGUUCAAAUUUAUUGUCAUUCAGCUUUAGAUGAAACUAAAGUGGCCACAAAUUCAAAAGGAAAUGAAAUCUCAGAGGAAGAAGCAGCUUUAUCUUCAAAGGAGACAUCAUUUCAUCCUUGUAAAGGUGAAAAGGGAAGACUUGUUUUCUCAACUAAACCAAAAAUAUUAUUAUGUGAUUUAACCCUCCAUCCAAACGAGAUUAAAACCUUCCUGUAUGAAGAAACGAUACCCACCGACUGUCCACCCUCUUACUAUGGUUCAUGGGUCAAGUAUAUGUACAAGUUGUCCAUUGGUACCCAACGUGUAAACAGUGUUAUCCAAUUACUACGAAUGCCUCUUCGUGUUAUCUCAAUUGUUUCCGAUGUUUUUAAAAUGCCCAAUGGUCACCAUAAUAAUCACCAUCCAGUUAAAGAUGAUGAAACUGAUCAUCAAGAAGACCAUCUAACCAAAUCUUCCUCUUCCAGUAACAACUAUGGUGACUAUGAUUGUAAAGAAAGUACCUUAGAUCUUAUGUUACAUAAAUUGGACUGUUUAACUGGUAAAAGGUCACCCAGUAGUUAUAUGAUCACUAAUCAAACAGGUCGAAUCGCAAGGUUUUGCCUUCUUAAGAAUACAUUUAAAUUGGGUGAAGAUAUUGUUGGUCUUUUCGAUUUUACCGAUUCAACUGUUCCUUGUGUUCAGUUCUCUGUUACUCUACAAAGUGAGGAAACCUUGAAGGAAGAAUUUCGUCUUCGCUCUGGUAAAUCAACGCACAUUUCGAGUCACAGUAAAUAUCAUGAAUUUUGUCUUCACAUGAACAAUUCGCAAAUGAUUCUUCCAAUUCCUUUAACGGUAACACCAGCAUUCGAGACAAAUCUAAUGACUUUGACCUGGAAAUUACAUGUUGAAUUUGUGAGCACCAAACCAGAAGAUAUUGAUACUAAUAAAAUAAUCGACAAUUAUGGAAUAAUGGAACAAGGUCCCGCCGAAAUGAAAGUUCAAACUAUGGUCUGGGAUUUGCCGAUUCAAAUUCUGCCAACUCAUCCACUUCAAAUUGGAAGAGGUUUAUCAAUGCCUGCAACGAUGUCAAUCACUGUUUAAUUAACCAUCAUUCCAAGAUCAUCAUCAUCAUCACAAUCAUCGCCAUCAUAUUCACAAUCAACAAAAUGUUUACAUUUAUGUUAAAAAUUUUAAUUUCAACAAAUUUACUUUUUAUCAUUUAUAAAAAUUGGGUCACACAUUCACACUGAAGAAAAAGUCAAUCAAGCUUAGUCUAAAUCUGAUCAACUUUUCCUAUAUAAUAUAAUCAACUAAACAAAUAUAUCAAAAAUAAUAGAUGAACAAUUUAUAUUAUGUAAAAAGAGAUGAAAAUAAAGAAUAAAAAUCUUAUUAAAACUAAA